UACAGAGAAAGAAACUUUGAGGAAUGGAGGGGGUGGAGAGAGCGAAACGAAAACCAAAGAAAUCUUUGACCAAAGAGAAACGUGGCAACAUCUGUGGAACCAGUGAUUGAUUGGAAACGAAAGAUCUGAACCCUCCAUUCAUUAAACUCCAUAUAAAAAAUAAAAUAGGGUUUGAGGGUCCCCCCUCUUCUAAGGAUAAAGUGGGGUUCCCUUCUGCUUCUGCCUGGCUGCUGCUAUUGCUUCUCUAGGGUUUGUUUCCUUUCUCUCUUCCCUUUCUUACUUCUUUUUACUUUUUUGAAAUCUCUUCUUUCUUCUUCUUAAACAAAUUCAAUUUUCUUAACCCCUUUCUUUUUGCCUUUUCAUUUCUCAAUUACUCCAUCUAAUCAUCCACAGUGCUAACUCAGAUCAGAUUCACUUGGGUCGCCCCUGGUCAACCCAUUAUUCCCUCCUGCUUCUUCCAACGCUUCGCUCAUUUCAUCUCCCUAAUUUCUCCAUUUUCACGCCUUUUCUUUCUUCGCUCCCUCUGAUUUGAUCUCGAUUUUUCUGGCUUUUGCUUCAAUUCUUGAUUUCGGUUUCUUCAUGGACGCACUUAAUCAAAACCAUCCUCUUAAUCAAAAGGAAGGAAGUUCUAAUGGCGGUUACCAAAACCUGACCAAUACCACCGUAGAUUCUUCUAAUCCUGCUAAGCCUCAACAUAUUUUGUCAGAUCGCCACGUGACGCCCGCUCCGAAGAAAGAAAAGGAUGGAAUUAUGGAGCACGGAUUGGAUAUUAUGCCUCCUUUGACUCUCUCUCAGGUACCGUCCACCACACUGGCAAAGCAAACAAAACGCCCUUCUAAGGACCGCCACACGAAAGUUGAGGGUCGCGGCCGGAGGAUUCGGAUGCCGGCGGCCUGUGCCGCCCGUAUCUUUCAGCUGACUAGAGAGCUAGACCAUAAAUCCGACGGCGAGACUAUCCGGUGGUUACUUGAGCACGCCGAGCCGGCAAUUAUCGAAGCGACGGGAACGGGCACCGUUCCAGCCAUCGCAGUCUCCGUCGGCGGGACACUAAAAAUCCCAACCACGUCUCCCGCGAGGCCGAAUGGGGAAAUUUCUGAAGCACCGAGAAAAAGAAGACGAAAAGGCACAAACUCGGAAUCCAACGAUUGCAACGAUCAAGCUUCUGUUUCCUCGGGUCUUACGCCGAUUGCUCCAAUGGCUGCUUAUGGUGCCGGCCUUGUUCCUUUCUGGGGAAGCGCUGGCGGCGUUACGGAGCCGUUUUUUAUGGUUCCGGGAACAUCAAACAACCAUCAACCACAGCUGUGGGCGGUGCCGGCAAGACCCCUAUCUAAUUUGGUAUCGUCGAUGAAUCCCGGUUUGCAAUUUGGGGGUGUGGUGCCGGUUUUGACGAGAGCUGUUUCAAACGGUUCGAGUGGAUUGGAAAGUGGAUCAUCGCCGGCGAUGGUUUCGGCGAGUUUGAUUCCGGGGACGGUGAGUGCUCCGGCAAGUACAAGUGGUAGCACUCAAAUGUUGAGAGAUUUCUCAUUGGAAAUUUACGAAAAGAAAGAGCUGGAAUUCAUGGGUAGGCGAAGCCCUGCAAAGUCUCAAACGCCAUGUUCAAAACCUUGAAAAUGACUUUCUUUACUCUCACUGUUUCUUCAUCUCCUUCUUUGGUGUUAGAAGUGUUAGUUACAGGGGUUUUGAACAGGCAGUUUGGGGAAAAUAUUAUUUUGCAUGUAAUAAAUCUUGUUAGCUGUGUGUAAAAAGAGUAGGAAAGAACAAGUCCUUUCUGCCAUUUUCUUGGGUUGCCCUCUCUCUU